AUGUUUAGAUUUCGAAGAGCCAUUAAUCUAUUUAAUAGAAAAGAUGGGUUCAUUACAAAAUUGAAAAACAAAUUACUUAAAGAUGAUGAAGAUGAAAAAUAGAUAAUUCCUCAUUAAACUCUAAAAUAACCACUUAAUGUUAAAUAAGAAAUUGAAUAGUUCAUUACUUAAUAAACAGAAAUUAGUGAUUUAGAAAGAAUUAGAAUGAAGAAUUUAGAUAAUAAAUUAGGUACAAAUACAUAUUUUCAUGAAAUAUAAUCAUAUGAAGAAAGAUUGGAUUCAGAUAAUGUGAUGAGAAGAUAAAUUUUAGCAAGAAGAGAACUAUAAAAAGAAAAAGAUUUAGCAGUUGCUCAUUUAUUUAAUCCAGAUCCUUAAUAAAAAGUUAAAACACCUUGGAUUCGUAAUAUUAAUGAUUUCACAUCCGAAGCUAUUAAAUAAAGUAUUAUCUAAAUUUGAUUUUAUUAGUACCUUAUCCUAAACAUCCUAAAAUAUUUUCAGAAGGUGAUUUCUUUAGAUAUUUUGAAGAGAAAUACUAUGAAGUUGAUAAAGUUGCUCAAUUUGAUUUUUCAGAAUCAUUAUACACUUAAUUAGUUUAAAUUUAAACUUUGAGAAGAGAAGAAACAGUAAAGCAUAGAUACUUGGAAUUAUUAGAUUGUUAUUAGAAUAUUCCAAUCGUAUUUAAUGAAUACACAUACUUUAGUAAGGAUUCCAAAGAAGGUCAUCCAGUUUAUAAUAUAUAUAAGAGAAAAAAUGAAAGUAAGAGUUUAUAAACUAUUUAAUGAGAGCAGCAAAUUAGACAAAGAACUUAUUAAAGAUGAUGAUGAAUUAGUUUUUAGUGGUAAAAUAAUAACAGAUUUGAUUCCAAAACAUUAUGAAGAUUUAAUAUUAGACAUAGAAGUAUAAAUAAUAUGUAAAUUUAAAAGGAAGAGAAAUAUUAAUCAUUAUAUAAUGAGUUCUUACCUAAUUAAUCACAUGAUAUAUAUGGAUGUAUAAUUGAAUAAUAAGGUUUAAGUUUCUUAAUUAUUCGUUCUGAUAAAAUAUAAUUAGUAUUAGAAAAUGUAUCUAAUACCUUUACUUUUAUUGAUAAUUAUCUUUAUUAUAUUGAAAAAUCAGAUCUUGAUCUUUAAAAAUAUGUAUUAAAAUUAAAUUUGCAAAAUUUUGAAGAAAAAAAUAUUAUAUAUGAAAUUUCACCUGGAGAAAAUGCAAAAAUUAAAAAUUUAGGAAUUGGAAAAGCUGUAAUAGAAAUUUAGAUGGCUAAUGAAAAUAAAUUUAUUGAUCUCAAUGGAAAAGAUAUUGUUUCAUAUAAAUAAGGAUAUAAAUACAAUAUAGAUUAAAAUAAAGUUAAUACUUUUAUAAGUUAAUAUAGAUUAGAAGAAUAAUCAAAAGAAAUUAGAACAUAAGAAGGUCAUCUUGUUUAUGAAUGCAAAUAAGGCAAUAUUCAAUCAUUUUGUUCAAAUAAUCAUUUUUUAGCUAUACAUGAAAGAAAUUCAUCAAGUUUUAUACCAGAUAAAUUAAUCAUUCUUAAAGAAAAGAAGAAUCAUGAAUUAGUCAUACAAGAAUCCUAAUAUUCCAUAAAUUUAGAACAUAAUUAAAUUAAAGAGUCAAAUAUAUUAUAUUUUCAUUUAAUAUGUCCUUAUAAACCAUUUCAAAUAUUGAAAUAUAAUAUAGAUAUAAAGUCAAUAUCUUUACAUUUUUCUGAAUAAUUUCCAGGAUUUGAUUAUAAUAGACUUUAAGUGGAUAAUUUUAAGAUAUCAGAUUAAUUUAAUGUUUGUGUAUCAUUUUUACAAGAUUUGACUGUUUAAUUUGUUUUGAUACAAUUAAUUGAUUAAACCUAAUACUAAUCUUUAAGUUAAGAAGAUGUAGUACUCUAUGAGAAUGGUUGUGCAAUUUGUUAAAUCAUUGUUAAUCCAAGUUGUUAAUAAUAAGUGUUGGAUAAUCUUUAAAAGGUUUUUUAAGAAGUUUCAGUACUUUCUGAUAAAGUUAUAUUAAAAACUAAGGGAGCAUUAUCUGGUUUGAUUGGGAGUUAUACACAUUUCUUUGUUCAAUAAUUUUAUGGAUUUUUAUGUCAUGUAAAAUAUAUUAAUAAAUAGAUUAGAAUGGAUUAUUUGAUAAUUAAAAAAAUAUGAUUGAUUUACCAAUAAGUUCUUAUGAUAUUACAAAGGUUCCUAGUUUGAGAAAUACAUUUAUAAGUUAUACAUUGAAUGAUGAAUUGACAUAUCAAUCUUAGAAAAUGGUUGCAUUAUUAAGAGAAAAUAAAGAUAAUGAAGUAGAUUUAAAGUAUUUAUAUUAAUAUUUUUAGAAAGUAAUUUGGAGUUGUAUUAUAAUAAUGUGAGUCAGAUAUUGAUGAAGCUAUCUUUAGAUUAACAUUUUUAAUGUCUAUUUUAUGAUU